UUUUUUUUUCUUUUUUCUUGUUAACUUGAGUUUUUAUUUCCUUACAGUGAAGAUGCCAAAGCACACAAAUAGGCUUAUUAAAGAAAAAAGCCCUUAUUUAUUACAACAUGCACAUAAUCCUGUUGAUUGGUAUCCUUGGGGUGAGGAAGCUUUCGCUAAGGCAAAGAAUGAAAAUAAGCCCGUUUUUCUAAGUGUGGGAUACAGCACUUGUCAUUGGUGUCAUGUAAUGGAACAUGAAUCUUUUGAAAAUGAAGAAAUAGCAAAAAUUAUGAAUAAAUAUUUUGUAAACAUAAAAGUUGAUAGAGAAGAAAAUCCGGGUGUAGACAAGCUGUAUAUGACAUAUAUUCAACUUACCUCAGGUCAUGGUGGUUGGCCUAUGUCUAUCUUUUUGACACCUGAUUUAGAUCCUUUCUUUGGUGCUUCUUAUUUCCCUCCUGAAGAUCAAUACGGUUCACCAGGUUUCAAAACUUUAUUAAACCGUAUUGGACAGCUUUGGGAGACAAACCCCGAAAAGGUAAAAGCAAGUGGUAAAAGCAUGAUUCAACAAUUAAAGUCUUAUAUACAAGCUAAACCUGCUGAUGCAAGUGACGCAUUAGAUCCAACUGAAAUUGCUGAAGAGACUUUCCAACAUUUUGAAGAUUCAUUUGAUUCUGUGUACGGAGGUUUUGGAAAAGCACCCAAGUUCCCUACACCAGUACAGAUUCAAUUUUUAUUCAAUUACUAUAUGUAUAAUCGCCAAAAUGAAGAUAACUCGGCUAACGCUCAAAAGGCACUAGACAUGGCUUUAUUUACUCUUAAAAAAAUAGCCGCUGGUGGUAUUCAUGAUCAUGUUGGUAAUGGGUUUCACCGAUAUAGUACUGAUAAGAAAUGGCACGUUCCUCAUUUCGAAAAAAUGCUUUAUGAUCAAGCUCAACUAUUAUCAUUAUAUUCUUUUGCAUAUCAAAUUACAGAGAAUCCUGUCUUUGCUGAUAUCACAAGAGAUAUUAUUCUUUAUGUAUCAAGAGAUUUACAUCAUACUAGUGGUGGCUUUUACUCUGCAGAGGAUGCUGAUUCAUUACCACAUAAUAAUGCUACUAAAAAGUUAGAAGGCGCCUUUUGUGUAUGGGAACUAUCUGAACUGAAAGAGAUACUAGGUACAUCAGAUUCACAUGUUUUUGCUAUUCAUUAUGGUUGUUCGGAAAAAGGCAAUGUAAAUCCUGCUCAGGAUCCUCACAAGGAAUUAGUUCAUAAGAAUGUUUUGUAUAACAAGAAUUCAAUUGAAGAAACAGCAAAGAUGGUAGACAUGUCACCCACUGAAGUACAAUCUAUUCUACAUACUGCAAGAUCAAAGCUAUGGAAUUAUCGAGCUACCGUUCGUCCUAAACCUCAUCGUGAUGAAAAGAUUAUAACCUCUUGGAAUGGACUUAUGAUUACAGGCUUAGUCCAUGCUUAUGAAGCUUUGCAAAAUGAAAGUAUUAUAAAACUAGCUACCGAGACUGCAGAGUUUAUUUAUAGAGAACUUUACAACCCAUCUACUCACACUUUAUUAAGAAGUUUCUGUGAUGGGCCUUCAAAUAUUGAGGGCUUUGUUGAUGAUUAUUGUUUCUUGAUCCAAGCAUUAUUGGAUUUAUAUGAGGCUACCUUUGAUGAACGUUGGAUUGAAUGGGCUUUUGAACUUCAGGAAAAACAGAAUGAAUUAUUUUAUGAUAAUGAAGAAGGUGGCUAUUUUAAUGUUACUGUUAAUGAUAAAUCUAUCUUGAUCAGAAUGAAAGAAGAGCAAGAUGGUGCCGAACCAUCCGCAAAUUCUAUUGCUUUAAAAAACUUGAUCCGGCUUUCAUCUUUAUUAGGAAUCUCCAGCUACCACACUAAAGCUCAAGAUACAGUCCAAUCCUUUAGGUUAACUUUAAGUCAGUAUCCUUUUGCUCUACCAGCAUUAGUAGAUGCCUUUACAUUAUUAUCAAAGGGUCUUAAAGAAAUUGUAUUAGCCGGCAAAUCUACAGAUCCUGAACUGAAAACGUUUACAAAAAUUAUCUCUCGUCUAUUUUUGCCUAACAAACUAGUCAUCUUGACUAAACCAAAUGGUUUUAUUUCCACAAAAAACUCAAUUGUCAAGGAAAUAGCAGAAAAUAACGUUAAUAAGCCUGCUGUUUACAUCUGUGAAAACUUUACUUGUGGACUACCAAUUUAUGAUGCCGAACAACUUGAACAAGCAUUGAAUGGAUAUAAAUAAAUUUGGCAGCAAACACAUAAUAAAAUCAAACAAUAAAAUAAAAUGUAAAUCUUGAUUCAUUAUCAUCUUAA